AAAAAAUAAACACAGACGCGCCAGACCAGUGUCAGUGUUGGGAAGUUUGAGCAUAUUAUUAAAAUGAGCAAAGCCGAGUGGGAAAAUAAUGAGGAAAUUAAAAUAUUCCGGGAAUAUCUGCGCAUUCCGACAGUGCACCCAAGCAUAGAUUACACCGCCUGCGUUGAUUUUCUCAAGCGUCAAGCUGCAAGUAUUGGUCUGCCCGUGGAAGUUGUAUAUCCCGUUAAUGAAGCCAAUCCUGUUGUGGUCAUGAAGUGGCUGGGCAAGCAGCCCGAGCUACCUUCUAUUAUUCUCAAUUCACACACGGAUGUUGUGCCCGUCUUCGCUGACAAGUGGACCCAUAAACCAUUUAGCGCUGAUAUGGAUGACGAAGGUCGCAUUUACGCGCGUGGCUCCCAGGACAUGAAGUGUGUAGGCACUCAAUACCUAGCUGCAGUUCGUGCUCUGAAAGCCAGCGGCUAUCAGCCCAAGCGUACUGUAUAUCUUAGCUUUGUGCCCGAUGAGGAGGUUGGCGGUGUUUUGGGCAUGCGCGAGAUGGUAAGACAAGACUACUUCAAGAGUCUCCAUGUUGGUUUCAGCUUUGAUGAAGGCAUCACUAGUGCGGAUGAGUCCUACUCCAUUUACUAUGCUGAGCGUACGCUUUGGCAUUUGCAUUUCAAAAUCAGCGGCACUGCAGGCCAUGGCUCUUUGCUGCUACCCAACACGGCUGGCGAGAAGCUUCAUUAUGUUGUUAACAAGAUGAUGGAAUUCCGUGCUACACAAUUAAAGCGACUUAAUGAGGAUUCCAGCAUUGAUAUAGGUGAUGUGACCACAGUCAAUCUCACUCAGCUGCGUGGCGGUGUGCAAAGUAAUGUGGUGCCUCCACUACUUGAGGUAGUCUUUGACAUUCGCUUUGCCGUCACUGUGGAUAUACCAGCAUUUGAGAAGCAAAUUCGUGACUGGUGCGAGGAAGCUGGCGGUGGCAUUGAACUUUACUUCGAAAUGAAGAACCCAUUUGUUGAGCCAACUAAAAUUGAUGACUCAAAUCCAUUUUGGGUCGCCUUCAAAAAAACUUUGGAUGAACUUGGUCUUAAGACUCGUGCUCGAGUUUUCCCUGGUGCUACUGAUAGCAGAUUCAUUCGCCAUAUAGGCAUUCCAGCCUUGGGCUUUUCGCCCAUCAACAAUACUCCAAUAUUGCUGCAUGAUCAUGAUGAAUUUCUGCGUGCCGACACCUAUCUUCACGGCAUCGAGGUCUACAAGAAACUUAUACCUGCUGUGGCUAAUGCUUGAGCACUACGUGAUCCCGUAAUCUUAUAGCAAUAAAACUUAUGCAUUUAAUAAAAGUAAAGUUGUAAACAA